CCGAAUACAACACUAAUCAUCGUGAAAACAGAGAUAACGUAAUCUCAUCGUAAACAUUAUGCGACAAGACGGCUAACAGUAAUUAAUCAUUAAAAGGCUAUUUCUGCGACGAUUGCAAAGUAUCUGUCCCGAAUUUCACGAUCUGCGACAAGCUUCUCGAUAUUCGAGUGAAUUACAAGGGAACGCGUCGAACAGAGAGAAUAAAUUGCAACGUGACUCGCGGUAGAAUUUCACAACGCCUGCAUGUUGUUCUUGAGCUUAUGCAUAUCCGGUAAAAUCGGCCGCACGUAUGGCAGUUUGAACUUGUAAGCGUCAGGUACGAGAACGUUCAACACCAUAUGCGUCACGCCCGCGGUGAAGCCCCAGACGCGGUGUUUCCCGCCCAAAUAGACCGGCAGAGUGUAACCGUUGCGGAACUGGGUGUGCCGGCAGAGGGACGGGUCGCACAGGUUUCUCAAGCUAAAAAAGAAAGCCUCCUCCACCUCGUUGGUGUUGAUCUGGAGCUUCCCGGGAUCGACCUCGCCGAUGUACCCGAACACAGGGGCACCACCACGGCCGAAGAAGAAGAGGAAACAUUCGAUAGGAACUGCCACUGGUCAGCGUUGUUCUAACGCGCUAUGCGUUGGUUCGAUGUGUCGCCUCGAGGUCAUAAACGGACUUUGACAGAAACUGGUAUAUCGUGCGUGGACACGAUGUUGUGGAUGUUGAGCGUCUGCUGGCUGGCCGCAGCCGUAUCUGCGGCUGACAAUGGUCAUUGUAUUUGGUAUGGAGAAUGUCACACAGAUUUCAUGGGACAUAAACAGAAUUGUCCAUACGAAGGUCCUGCCAAACCACUGGAUUUCGAUGGACAAAAAUUAUUAUCUAAAAAUUGUCCACAUUUAGUUAAAGAUACUGGGAAUGGAAUAAACACUUGUUGCGAUACAAAUCAAUUACGCACUAUGGAUACUAAUAUCAACUAUGCAGCCAAUAUUAUCAGCAGAUGUCCUAGCUGCUUAGACAAUUUAGUAAAGCAUUUUUGUGAAUUUACUUGUAGUCCACAACAAAGUACAUUCAUUAAUGUUACAGAGAUUCAGACAGAAAAUGAUGUUUCAUACAUUAAUAGUAUAGAUCUUUAUAUAACAAAUAAAUAUCUGCAAGGGACAUUUGAUUCCUGUAGUAAAGUAUCAGUACCCAGUACCGGACAAUUAGCAUUGGAUCUAAUGUGUGGAGAAUGGGGUGCGAGUAGAUGUACACCAUUGAAAUGGUUUCAUUUCAUGGGUGAUGCAAAGACCAAUAGUUACGUACCUUUCCUAAUUACAUACAUAAAUACUGAUAAUCCAGUUGGUCCAUUUACACCUGUAGAUCCAAAAGUUACUCCUUGCAGUAUAGCAUUGAAUAAAAACAAGCCAGCCUGCAGUUGUGUGGAUUGCGAAGAGAGCUGUCCAGUGCCACCACCAAUGCCUCCUUUACCAAACCCUUUUACCAUUUUUGGCUAUGAUGGUUAUGCAGUGUCUAUGAUAAUUGUUUUCGUGUGCGGUUCUGUCCUCUUCAUCCUUUCAAUAGUGUGCUUCAGUAAUAGGAAACAAAUUGUCGCACGAGGGGAGGAGGUAGGAAGGCAGGUGGGUAGACGCCUAGCCGCAGGGUUACAUCACCCAGGAGAUGGUGCUCGUAUUGCUCUCGCCGCAGACCAGGAAGACAGCCCACUACAAUCUAAGCGUUCCAGUGUGAUAUCUGCAGAUGAUUUGCCGAGUGGAUUCGACGACGAACAACAGUCGACUUUUAUUGAAAGGUUGGGAGCAGGUACUGAUAAAUUGUUGGCAGAAUUCUUCUGCUGGUGGGGUACAGCGUGUGCAUCGCAACCGUGGUUCGUGCUCUGCGUUGGCUUCUUAUUUAUCGUUGGUUUGGGACACGGUAUAAAAUACAUUCACGUUACCACCGACCCGGUGGAAUUGUGGGCUGCACCUCAGUCCCGAUCACGAAUCGAGAGAGACUACUUUGACGAACAUUUUGAGCCCUUCUAUCGAAAUGAACAAAUCAUAAUAACGUCAAAGGGUCUGCCCAAUAUCGUACACGAAACAUCAGACGGCCCAAUAACGUUCGGCCCUGUGUUUAACGACACCUUCUUGAAAACUGUUUAUCAGCUGCAAGAAAAGAUCAAACAGAUAAUCACGCCAAACAAUUACACAUUAGCAGACAUUUGUUUCGCUCCGUUGACCAGUCCGUUUACAGGACCACCAACAGUCUCGCAAUGCGUCAUUCAAAGUGUAUGGGGAUACUGGCAAGACAGCAUAGCGAACUUCGACGAAACCGUGAACGAAGAUAAUUAUACAGUAAAUUACCUGGACCACUUCAGAGUCUGUUCUCAAAACGCGUACAAUCCCCAAUGUCUCGCACCAUACGGUGGCCCCAUAGAGCCGGCGAUCGCGAUAGGAGGCUUCCUAAAGCCAGGCCAGGAUCUCCAUAAUCCCUCGUACGAGAAAGCUACCGCAGUAAUUUUAACAUUACUGGUAAACAAUUAUCAUGACAAAUCCAAACUCGUUCCUGCCAUGGAAUGGGAAAAGAGUUUCGUCGAAUUCAUGAAAAACUGGACAGCAAACGAGAAGCCGGCGUACAUGGACGUCGCCUUCACGUCUGAACGGUCAAUCGAGGAUGAAUUGAACCGCGAGUCUCAGUCCGACGUUUUAACUAUUUUAGUGUCGUACAUCAUCAUGUUCGCGUACAUCGCGAUUUCCCUGGGUCAGAUCAAAACGUGCAGCCGACUUCUGAUCGACUCUAAAAUUACCCUCGGCCUCGGCGGCGUGCUGAUUGUGCUGGCUUCUGUUGUCUGUUCCGUCGGUUUGUUUGGUAUGGUCGGCCUUCCCGCCACGCUCAUUAUUAUUGAAGUGAUACCAUUCCUCGUCCUUGCUGUCGGCGUGGACAACAUUUUCAUUCUAGUCCAGACCCAUCAGAGAGAAGGUCGCCGACCAAAUGAGUCCAUACCCGAACAUAUCGGUCGUACCCUUGGCCAAGUGGGGCCUAGUAUGCUACUCACCAGCGUAUCAGAAAGUUGUUGUUUCUUCCUUGGUGGAUUGUCCGACAUGCCCGCUGUCAAAGCUUUCGCUUUGUAUGCCGGUAUGGCAUUGCUGGUAGACUUUCUACUACAAGUCACGUGUUUCGUUAGUUUACUGGCAUUGGAUACUAUUCGCCAAGCAAACAACAGAUUGGACGUGUGCUGUUUCAUGCACGGGUCCAAGAAAGACAAUGGCGAGGAAGUGGUGAACGGAAUCUUGUACAAAAUCUUCAAAGUUGCUUACGUCCCACUGUUACUGAAGAAAUGGGUACGCGCUUUCGUUAUGUUGGUGUUCUUCGGUUGGCUGUGCUCAAGUAUAGCUGUCGUUCCGCACAUCGAAAUCGGCUUGGAUCAGGAACUGUCCAUGCCCGAAGACAGCUUCGUGCUGAAGUACUUCAAAUUUUUAAAUAGUUACUUGUCCAUUGGACCACCGAUGUACUUCGUCGUGAAAGACGGCCUAAACUAUUCCGACACGAGUGAACAGAAUCUCGUGUGCGGCGGUCAAUACUGUAACAGCGAUUCAGUAUCUACACAAAUAUUUAUAGCGUCGAAGCAGUCGAACAGAACGUACAUAGCGAAACCCGCAUCGUCAUGGCUAGACGACUACAUCGACUGGACUCAGUUAUCAUAUUGUUGUAAAUACUUCGUCGCGAACAACUCCUUCUGCCCACACUCAGAGUUCACGAAUCGAUGUGCCUCGUGUAAUAUCAGCUCGGUGCACGGACGACCAACAGCGCCGGAGUUCGAGAAGUACGUGUCCUUCUUCUUGCAAGACAAUCCCGACGAGUCUUGCGCGAAAGCGGGCCACGCCGCUUACGGUCACGGCGUGAAUUAUGUAACCGACCCGAAGACAGGCCUCUCAAAGGUUGGAGCGUCCUACUUUAUGGCUUACCAUACGAUCUUGAAAUCGUCCGCCGACUAUUACGAGUCGAUGCGGGCCGCGAGAGCCGUGUCGGCGAACAUUACGGACAUGAUCAACGACCAUUUAGCGCGUAUGGGCCAAACGUCCACCGUCGAGGUUUUCCCGUACAGCGUGUUCUAUGUGUUCUACGAACAGUACUUGACGAUGUGGCCGGACACGCUGUACAGUAUAGGCAUAUCACUGGUCGCCAUUUUCGUGGUGACCUUCUUCUUGAUGGGUCUGGACAUAUUCUCCUCGGUAGUGGUCAUAAUAACCAUCACGAUGAUCGUCGUCAAUAUCGGCGGUUUAAUGUACUGGUGGCACAUCACGUUGAACGCUGUGUCUCUGGUCAAUCUCGUUAUGGCUGUAGGAAUCGCGGUUGAAUUUUGUAGUCAUUUAGUACACUCGUUCUCGGUGUCGGUGAAGCCCACGAGGGUCGAACGAGUAGCCGAUGCGCUGACCAACAUGGGGAGCUCGAUCUUCAGCGGUAUCACGCUCACGAAAUUCGGUGGAAUCAUUGUACUUGGAUUUGCCAAAAGUCAGAUCUUCAAGGUCUUCUACUUCCGCAUGUACCUGGGAAUCGUACUGUUCGGUGCCGCGCACGGUUUAAUAUUCUUGCCAGUGUUACUCAGCUAUAUCGGCGUGAUGUCGCGCCGAAGGCGCAGCUGGGCCCGUCACUGUGCCAGCAGGGCUAGAAACGAAUUUAGGAGUGAAGAACGCGGGCCUCACUCUCCUUUACUCCAAGAUGACAACAAUCAGUUCCCAACCACUUCCUACGCCAGUGUGAACUUCACAGACGCAACGGAUCAUCGUGUGAUCUUCUAGCAUUAAUCGUCGGAACGAAUAGGGACCUCGGUUUCCCUAGAUACAAAAGUCUCUGUUAUAUAUGUGUAUACAUAUGCGUACAUACAUACAUACAUACAUACAUACAUAUAUAUAUAUUAUAUAUAUAUGUCAGCUCGACGAUAACGUAAUUGAAAACGCCGACGACAAAAUUUCUUUCCUUUUUAUUGAAAAAGUGUGAUUCCGAAACAAACAGGUUGUACGAAUUCACCGCGGAAACAAUAGAAAAAAAAUCAGUGAGAUCGACGCUGAACUAUGAAGUUCGUGUCUGGUAUUUUUUUGUAACUAGGAAGAUGGAAUUUUGUAUAUUAUUAAUAUUAUUACGAGUACCGUAAGAUCGCGAUAUAUGUAUAUUAGGGUAUUUAUUGUUUGUGGAAGAAAACAGCCUCUUAACGCAGCGUCACUUUAUCGCUCUGAAGCUUUACAUUUGUAUUCGCGUAACUUUUCUAAGUUGGUACGAUUGAUCGUUACGGGGUAUCUAAUUAAUUUAGUUGUAUCCUCCUUUUCUUUAUUCAACGAAUGUUCACGCUUUCGGUAUUUCUUCUCUUUUUUUUCGUCCACUGUGUGAGAAAUCGCGCGAUCCAGGUCGUCGUCGUCGUCCCGACGGCGACCCGCAAAAAUGUGUAUUUGCAUUUCUGUCGUGCUUCGUCGACGCGCGUGCAUUUUAACUUCGUUCUUUUCCGUCGCACGGGGUCAUUUCGUCGAUCUUGGCGUCUGUCAAUUGAAUGGAAACGAAUCUUCGUACAUUAACGUCGGUGACCGCCGAGAGGGCUUCUCCCGUGCAACGGGAAUUCCGAGAUCUCGCUUGAUCGAGCAUCAACCGUCCUUAGUCGAGAUAACGCUGCGAACAGACGCGAGUCGGAAUUUCCGUUGCGCGAGACCAGUCGCCCGAAUCCGAUACGUGGCCGUCGACCACGGAAACGCACGGAUCCGUCGCGCGUUUCAUUUUCAUCGCGGCGCGAUACGAUACGAAACAGAGAAAGAAAGAAAAAGGUAAUGAAACCUAUUGGAGUAGCGAGGAUUCGGAAAACAUUUUUUUAUCGUUGUUCCGCUGCGAUCGGUAGACUUACAAGCGUCAUCUUUCCAAUUCUGUCCGGCGUCCGAUUGAACGUUGAUCCGCGGAUUUCAACUGAGAGUUGUUCGUAUGUGUUCAGAAAGCAUAGAAGAAACCUAACAAAAAGUAGAGUGUAUACGGUUGCGUCGUCUCCUUUUAACACACUCACGCCUGCGUACCGCCGGUGGCUCACUGUAAGAUAUCACAUUAGACGGUUUGUACCAUGAAGUCUGUGGUUCGUCGAAUGGUUUGGUGAUUAGAAAACUAAUCUACUUAUUCAUCAUUUCACUAUUUCCAUCAAUUUCGAGAAUUCAGUCGCCAGAUUGGAAAGUAAAUUACAGCGCUGGUGUACCAUUGAUGGCUCACAUUUUCAUGUCACAUUAGACGUGCACUAUGAAAUAUAUGGUUCAUUAAAUGGUUUGGUGAUUAGAAAGUAUUACCAUAUAGUUAAAAAUUAAUCUACUUAUUCAUUUCACUAUUUCCAUCAAUUUCGAGAAUUAAAUCGCCAGAUUGAAAAGUAAAUUACAGCGCUGGUGUGAACGUGUUAAAACGAGAGAGUUGCUGCUUCGGUGCCUGUGUACGUUUUCACGGUAUACUGUCCGCUGGGUGCGUCGAUCGAGAAACUAGGUAUUCAACGAGGCCGACGGCAUCGGCGACGACGAUUAGCCAAUUUAUGCGAGAGCGAUUAACAUAGAGUCGUUAGCCGUUUCAGUUUUGAUUUGCGUGCUUUCGUCGGUGUGAAAAUGUGUCUCGUAAACGCGAGGCGUUGUAGCGCUUCUGCUCGGUGUCCGCGACGACGGUGUGUGCGUCGACUCUUUUUAACAGUAUUUAUCUUUGUGUCCGGUCUAGAGAGUAAACCCGCGGACGCGUCGCGAGUUUCCUCGUCACUCGCGCGUUCAUUUCUCCUGGGAAACGGUUCAUUUUGUAAAAUUCAUUAUUUGUAUACGACGGAACGAUUUUUAUACUGACCACGGGAAUCAUCGAUUGAACGCGAUGUAAAACAGGAUGGUAGGAAGUGAAAGUCGUCAGCCGAAUAUUUGUUAUUCCAGGCGAUAAAUAUAUAUACUCGCGCACGGUCGGCCGGUUAUGGUUCCCAAAUGGCGCGCGCAAAAUAUCAUUGUAAUCGGAGGAGAACCUGUCAAUGCGUGUUUGCGUGUGCGGGAGAAUGGUGCGAGAGAAAAAAAUUAUAGAAAAAACGAAGAAAAAAAGAAUAUAGAAGUAGAACCGUGAAUGUUGAACGAAAUUUGUUGUGCACGGGACGGUGGUUCGUUUAUUCGGCUUGAAUUCGGGUUGUGCAUGGCGCAGACUGCAUAUCACAGUAGAAAUUUCUCAGUAUUAAAUUUUCGAGGGAAAAGGGAGCAGAGCACGGCGAGAUACUACCAAAGAGGUGUCCGAGCAACGCGAGAAACCGUGUCAAACACGUGAAAUACGAAUAAACAUUUUUUUUUUCC